UCAAAUAUUAAACGGUGCGAACGCUUCAAAUCAUAAACACAAAUCUGCAAAAAGUUUAUCGAGAUGGAUUUCAUGAAUCGAGCAGCAGGGAUGCUUGAUAGUCAGACUUCUGAAGAAGGUUCAAAGAAAUCACCUGCAGAUGCAUUUCAAGCACUCAUUCCAAUGUUAUCAAUGCUGCCACAAGAUAAGCAGAAAGAAAAAAUACUUGAAUAUAUCGAACCCUUGGUCAAACAACUGAGUCCAAAAUGGAGCGACAAGAUAGUCGAGAUUCUAAAGCAGUUGGACGUAUCAAAAUUGUUAUCACUGGCAAAGAAUAAUGAAGAACUGGAGAGAACAGUUAAACAAGAAGAAGCGAAACUUGAAAGCUAAUGAAGAUUUUUUGUUUUGGACAACCUUUUAAUUUUGAAUAGUUGAAAUAUAAUCUCUCUCUGUAUAAAAAGUAUAAGAAAACUUUCGUUAUGUAAGCAUUUAGCAGAAUAAAUUUUUCGCAUAUGAUGCUUGUAACA